UCUACAUACUCGCUAAUUUCUCAUAUCCCAUACGAAGAUGGCACCAUCAAUUGACUCCUUUUUAGACGGAAGAAUUGCAGAUCGAUGGGGCCCGUCGCGGAAUGAGGCAAAUGCCUUGCGGGAGCUGUUACGCGGCAGUGUAACCCCCGAGGAGGCAGCCGAAAGAUUCACGAGUGAUGCUAGAGCAUCUCGCACUAUUAAUGCGUGCCACAAUUCCUUAGAUGGAAUGUGGAUACUCAUUAAGGAUACAGCAGGAAAAUAUCCCGAACACCACGCCAAGUUAGUUCAAUUGAUGGAUGCCGUUCGACGACUUCCUAAUCUCCAAAUUGGAGGAGAAAAUGUGGAAUGGUCUGAACUCCCAAAUCUACCGGAGUGCUGGGGAGAGCACGUUUUUGAUCGGGAUGAAAUGGUAUAUUCCGAGGAGACUAUCUCGGUAAUUGCUUUUACAGCUCAGCUUUGUGCUCAUCAAGUGGUCGACCAUAAUGAGUUCCUAUCGGCGGCAGAGCUAGAUUUUCAUGCAGCCUUCGAGAAGACUCCGCUUUCAGGUUCCGUUCUCAAAGCUGAAGACAUCCAUAGGUUGAAUGCUACCGUACCCGUCGCGGCACAGUGGAUUUUCUAUGCUGGCGAAACGAUUUAUAACUGUGAAGAGACUUUCGGCCUUAAAGUUAGGGAGGGUCUAUGGACCGGCCAGCCGGGCUUUAGUUAUGGAAGAUGGAAAUUGUGGAAGGAAAGAGCCGAAUGGGUAUGCAGCCUGAAAAGAGUAGUCAGGCACGAGACGAUCGAAAUAGCGAGGGCAAUGGUGGAGAAGAUGACUCAGAUCGAAAACAAUGACGCUUGAGCAAUCUUUUGUGGAGUCGGGCUGGAGAUUGAAUGGUAUGCAAGGCGUAACGAAAAAACCCUUCGGCUCCUAUUGGCCUCUUAUAAUCCUAUGUUAUUCCUGUUGAUAGCAAAAAACAAGUGAUCCAUCAGGUAUUUCGGCUUUUAAUAAGGAUGGAGAGUACCUUCAA